GAGAGUCUAACUCUAUCUUUAAACAAGGUUAAAAAAAACAAAAAAAAAAAUCUCUGUGUUUUAUAAAUUCCCAAAACAAGUAUUAAAGCCCAUAAUAACACGAAUGUAAAGGAAGUGCUAGUAGGCAGUAGCCACCUUUUUGAUUACCAAAAAGAAAAAAAGAAAAGCCCAUAAUAACUGUAUCACAUACGUGAACCCUCCUAACUCUAACGUGACGGCACAGGAGACGUGAUCUACUUGUCAAGAUGCGCUGCAUCAAUGAAUCCUCUGACGAUGAAGAUCCAAUUUUGAACGAAGAGUACGCUUUUCGCGAGCACAAUGAAUUCGAUGAUCCAGUUCAUUCAACGGAUCUGCACAAAUUUGAAAACAGCGAAACAGGUUACUUUCGUGACCUGGCUGACAUUUAUGCUAGAUUUGGACUCCACUCCUACAAUUCCCGCAUGGGCACCAACUUCCAGUUGUCAAGAGUAGACAAAUAUAUUAACUAUGGAGUUUUCAGUUAUUCCUUAACCUUUGAGGCCACGAAUCCGGCAGACGGUUCUUGUGUCACUUUCCAGGCGCGUGUUCUUAGAGAUGACAAUGUAAAAGGAUCCUACUACAGAAUAAUGACCGAAGGUUGUAGGAUCACACCUGAAAUUCCAGGUACUAGAGAAAUAAUACAUCGAUGGGAGUUCGAUGCAGAAGUUUACAAAGACACUCUACCUGAGUGGUAUUCGGAUGAUGUAUUGUUGCUCUCCAAUGACCAGUUUUAUCAAGUGCAAGAUUCAGACGUUCUUGAAAACGAUUGGCUUAAUUUGUAUGCCGAAGUUGCAAUGUACACGCUGAAGGAAAACGACAUGUCCUUGUUCGAGUCUUGGCUGCCUCUGGAGAUCAAGAAGGUCGUUGUGCAGACUUUUGAAGAUGUGAAGUCAAAUGAAAAGCUCAAAGCCGGGAAUGCAAUCUUCUACUUCAGUUUCAAGAACUUGAAUGCUCCUCCCCAUGGUCUGUGCCAGGAUCACAGAGUCAUCAUAAGAAGAAGCACUGAUGGGCUUCCAGGACACGUUUGUCUUGACUUCAAGUCUUGCACCGGUCAUAAUAUUUUCAAGGCAAGUUCGGUCUGAGACAUAUAUGUUUGCUGAUCCUAAGUUAAUAAGACGACUCUACUCAGUAUCUAUAAGCUAUGUUUUCAUGACUGAAUAAUCAUCUCCUCUGUUUUUUUUCUUUUGUUUCAGUGUAAUCCAGUACUUAAUAACUUGUCCGUUAUGUCUUUUAAGUUUGUUAUUUGGUUUUCCUCAGUUUUUUUUUCUAUACAAAAA